CGGGAGCGUACACAUGCGCAGAUGCAGCGUCAGCGAGGCUGGCUGAGCGCGGGGUAAGUUCGCUACUGCCGGGGUUGAGUGAGCAGGGAGAGCCGGCUGGCGUGACUGGAGGAUGAGCGGAGCCAAGUCCAGGGAACACCUUGUGGCCAACGGCGGCUUAAAAGUAUCCGUCUGGAGUAAAGUGCUGAACAGUAACGCGGCCUGGGAGGACAAGGAUGAAUUCCUAGAUGUGAUCUACUGGUUUCGUCAAAUAAUUGCAAUUAUUUUGGGUGUUAUCUGGGGAGUUGUUCCACUUAAAGGAUUCUUGGGAAUAGCAAUAUUUUGCCUGAUAAAUGCCGGGAUCCUAUACCUCUACUUUAGCAGUUUCCAACAGGUGGAUGAAGAAGAAUAUGGUGGAACGUGGGAACUAACAAAAGAGGGAUUUAUGACAUCUUUUGCAUUGUUUCUGGUUGUUUGGAUCAUCUUUUACACAGCAAUUCACUUUGACUGAGGAUCAAAAACUGUCAUCAGUUCCUGCCAGUUUUAAAUGUUGAAAGAGAAAUCAAACACUUUAUUGGGUGUAUAUUGUAUGGAAAAAAAACUCGCAGUAGUUCAGUAUCUUUUGUACCAUCAAAUCAUGGGACCUGUGAAGACUCCAUGGGACAGCUUGCAGGAAGUUGCAUUCCCAUUGAUGUUUUAAUGUAUGGAGAAUUUCAGGAAUUUUACAAGACAUGGAUUUCUUUGGCCACCAUGGUUUCAAGAGCUACAGCAGCAUUGAAGUGCAGCUACCCAGUGUAAUUCCCUACAAUGUUGGUACUCAUGUAGUUAGUAUCUAUUUUAAUUUAAUUAAUGUAAAUUAUCUGUAGAAUUGGAGAAGAAACAUUAAUUUUUAACUUGUACAUCUUUAAGAGUUUGUAUUUCAGACUUUAUAAUGGAAAAUGAUUGCACCUUGGUAGCAUUAAAAUUACAAAGCAAGACUGUUUUGUACCUGCUUUAAAGAUCAAAGUGGUUUAACCAACGUUUCAAAUUUUCAGUCAACUGAUAAAGUUUUGAUACCUGGAGCAGAAUUCAAAUUGAAUGUUUUUUACUGGCUCAUAUUCUUGUCUUCCUUUUUUCCUACUAAUGUACAUAUCAGAUUAUAUAGGUAUCAAACAUUAUUGGUGCUUUGGAUUACAAUAAUCCCAAAGCUUUGAGACUACCUCUUUUUCUGUACCCCAAAGUAAUUAACAGACAGGAAACAAUCUGGCUAAUACAGCCUUAUCCACAAAAUUGUAAUGCCUUGUACAUAACAGUAUUGGGCUUCCAUUGUGCAUUCAAUAAAUAAUGAUAAUUCCAUUGUUGGGUUACAAUGUGGGAAAUUAGUCUUCAUUACUAGAUCCUGGUGAUAGCUCCUUGCAAAACCUACCUGUUAGAAGAGUUCUCUCUUUCACCUUGAAACAGUGCAACUUCUGCUUCAGGGCAUUGAACAAAAUGAUAUUCAUGGCAUGAGGUGUUAAUAGGUUUCUGAGCAUCACGGUAUUAUAGGAGAAAUGGUUAUCUCUAGACUUCUAAUUUAAAUCUGGCUUUGUAUUUAAACCCAUGAACCCUAGUUUAGAGAAAUCUGUUGUACACACAUGAUGAUUUAUUCCAAUUUAUGUUCAUCUCUCUCCCACAUCUGUCCAUUUCUAAACUAUGUACAUGCAACUUUUACCUUGCCUUGAUAGAUAUUUUUACUACUUUUGAUUGAACUUCAAAUAUUUGAUUUAUGAUGCAUUAAUGUAGGAUCAGGAGUAGGCCUCCAAAUUAUGCUCUGGCUAACAGAAUAUAGUUGGUGCUCUGCAUACACUUGAAGUAGCAAGAUCUGUCAGUAUUAAAAUUACAUUUUAUCAUAUGAUUAGUUAUGUAUUUGAAUGUUUAAUUGCUAUAGCAUCUGUGUUUAACCACAAUCCAGUCUUAUUGCUGUGAUAACUUAGAAAAUUUAUUGACCUCUGCCUCUAGUGUUUCUGGAUUGCAAUGAUGUGCAGCUGCUAUUCCAAACUCUGUUGAAUCUGGGUUUCCUAGCUGUGACUGAAAUUGUUGUCUUGCUUGUUUGUUUUGAAACAGCGCUAUAACAGUAACUUUCAAAUGCUCUGGACAUGCUUUUCCAGACUAAGAUAUUAAGUGGGUUGGAAGUCUUAAGGCAGCAAAUUGGAGCUACCUUUGCUGCCAGAAUAUUGCAAAUGCCAAGAAUGGAAACAUUUAAUUUGGGUAUUAUAAAUAGAAUCUCUUCUGGGGUUUGGUUUGUAAUUAGAAUCCACUGAUUGUUACCUUUGCCAUAAGGCUGGAUACAGGUUGCAAGAAAUGGAUUUUGAAUUUGUAGGUUCCCUUCCUCAUCAAUUUUAUGAUGGCCAUUGCAUCAGGUCAUCUAACUUUUAAUACUGAAUCAAAUUGCCAAAAUGUUCCCUCUGUGUACAUUUGGAAGUGCAAUUUCUGGAGUUGAGAGAGCAGCUACAUGUCCAAGGUCCUUAGUGAACCACACCAAGCCAAUCAAAAAUUGAGCUGGGAGUAUUCCAUUCAUUUUAAUCAUCCUCUUGCAUUGUAUCCUGUCUUAAGCAUGAACAUAAUGUAAAUAUUAAGAGUACAUAUAAUUUUGAUUAUCUGAUAAUAUUGCAAGGGGGGAAAUCCCUUGAAUGUAUUUUGCAGAAGUUUAGCUAAUGGUAAUCUGCUUUGCGCUUUUAAACUAAUGAUAAUCUCAGAAUUCUAAAAUGGAAAAUGGCAAUACAGAGAUAAGGCCUGAAUACAUUGAGUGUCUGAUAAUCUUUCCUUCAAUGUAAUGUCUUUUACAGCUAUUAAGAGCUAGUUUGUCUGAUUCUGUACAUUACACGUUUGGAAGUUCACAGCCUUGGGAAUAUAAGUAGACUAAUAAAUAUCCCCUUAUUUUCUUUUAGACAAAAUCAGGUAGUGCUGGGGGUGCUGCACAGAACAUUAGAAAAUAGGAGCAGGAGUGGGCCAGGCCAACACAACCUUGAUAUUAGAUAUAAUCCUGGCUGAUAUGCCCAGGCCUUGUUUGUUUUUGCAGAAGAUCCCAUAGUGCUCCAUUCCCCAAUCUUUCAAAAAAAAUUAUCUGCAUCCUUAAAUAUCUUGUAGAAUCAGUUCUAAGGUUUGCAGAAGAAUGUUUCUAAGGUAAUAUCCAUUGAAAUGCAGUGGUUCACACUGGUAGCUGAACUGUAGUUCUGAAGGUAAUUAAGGUCAAAUUGGAAAAAGAUGGGGUGGUGAGCAGUGAGGCCAUGAAUGGAUUGCAGCAGGAUAUUGUGAACUUUUAAAUUAUGUUGGUGGAUUGAGAACCUAUGUAAUUCAUCAGGUACAGGGAAUGAUCAGCAAGUGAUAAUGUUAUUAAGUGGAGGAAGGGAUGCUAACCAGAGGAGCAUUGGAGUAGUUGAGGCCAGAAAUUGCAAAAGGAUGACUCUAAUAUGAGAGCAACUGACAAUACCAAGUGUGAAAAUGUGGUCAAAACUCAGGUCAGUUAAACAUGAUACCAAGGUUACAAAAGAGCAUGGGGUGAAGUCAAUAGUAUAAGUAAGGUUGUGGCUAGGAUUGGAAGUAAUAUGUUCAGCAUGAACAGUAACUUUUCAAUGAACAGGUUCUUGAGAAAUUUGUAACUCAGUUAUUACUGAUCUUGGGCAAGUUCUACAAAUAGUUACUAUUUCAAAGGUUCAUUUAUUAUCAAAGUAUACAACUGAAAUUAUUCAAUUCUCUUAGUCAUGAAACUAAGCUAGAAAAGAAAGGCAACACAAUCAUCAACUCUCAAAUAUUCUUCCCCACAAUAAAAAAAACCAAUGGACCAAGCACAUCAACCCCCAAAUCCCUACUCCCACACAAAAAAGCAAAACAGAUUCCUUCUGCACAAAAACUAAGAUGGGGCAAAAAAAACAUUCCAAGUCCACAAAAACCUGAGCAACACUCAAAAUGCAGCAGCAAGCACCUGGUGCUCACCUGCACUCAUUAUGAUGUUUCAAUCUCCCUUGUUGCUUGAAUCAUCAAAAUGGAGCCAAACUGGCUUACACCUUGUCUUGCAGCCUGCCCGCUACGAGGUUUGCACACACAGCCUCUGCCUAACAGAAUCCUCUUGGAGACUGCAGAUUGAUGGAACAUCUGAACUGCAAAACACAGGCUCCAACAGUUCCAGAAUCACAUUCAAGAUGAGAAACAAACAUAAAAGUGAAAAAGAUGGUUCCAUAAUCUAUCCAGAUGUCAGUCAAAAGAGCAUUGUACGCAGGUGCCAUCUUGAGCGGAAGUCAAAGAUCAUUUCCGGUUGAACAGGGAAAAUUUUUUUUUGAGAUUAACAUGAAUAACUAAUAAAUGGACUUAAAGUUGAGCUGUUUUUUUUAAAAGCCAAUUUGUCCACUGAUCAAGGUUAGAUUAAAAAACAGAUGGGAUAAUAACCCCAUAACUAUUGCAAAGAAGGAUUACUGAAGAACUUGUGCAAAACCAUUGAAUGUCAUAAAUAUCAAGUAGACAAAUAUUUAUUAAGAGUGGAGAUGUAAAGAGUAAUAGAAAACAAUUUCCGAGGUAGCCCACAGGACUCCAUUCCAUUAGAUUUAGAAGAAUGAUUGGUGGGGGGGGGGGGG